CUGAUACAUUUAUAUAGCUAUACAACCAUGUCGAUCGCGAUGGCGCUACUGCCAAUUGUUGUAUUGGCGCUGCUUGGCCAUGUUGCAACAGCCCCCACACCCGUUCAGGUUGUCUAUACGGGAGAGGAUGGCUGCGCAUGCCCCACCCAGCUGGGCUACCAGCUGAAUGUGCCCAAUCCGAGCAAGCCCAAGAAGUACGAGGGCGGCCAGUAUGGCUAUCGCGUGGACAAGCCCGUGCAGGCCAAGGCCAAGAUCAGCUACAGCUUCGACUUUACCGUCGAGGAGCCGCGCACAGCUGCGCCGCCCACAGUCAAACCGGCCAAACUGUACGCCAAGGUGGACCGUGUUACGGUCAACAAAUCAGAUUGCCGCGCCCGGGACAAGUCGAGCUGCAGCUGCAGCAGCUGCUCCGCUGCCAAGCCAAGGUACGUAGCCCAGCAGCAGCAGUCCAUGGCCAUUGCCAAUGGCAAUGCCAUACGUCGUCGUCGCGACCUACGUUCGCAUGGGUCGCUGCUGCGCAAACGCAUAAUGCGCCAGCAGCAGUUGCAGGAGCGUCCGGUGCGUUAUGUUAAGCUCUAUCACAAGGAUCUGACGCCACAGCAGCAGCAGAAGAUGCGUAUAUUUGGGCUGGUGCCCCCACAGGAGCACGCGCCCGCCAAGAUCAAGCGUAAGACUAAAAAGACAUCGGCCCAGGGCGUGGGGCAUGGCAAGCGCUGGCUAGGCCUGGGUCGCCACUUGGUCAAGCGCGACAUCAAGGGUGAGUAUGAUCUGCUGGAGCGGGACCGUGCCAAUAUUGAUUUGACGGCGCCAGAGAUCAUACAAUACAUGCCGGAGACACUGAAUCCCAGUUUCAAGCGCGGCCAGUGCCACAUGGGCUGCGGCGCCAUCACAGCCAGCGGGCCAGGCGAUGCCGCCGAGGAGGCGCCACAGUUCAGCAGCACAGGCAGCACCGAACAGCCCGAGAUAUCGGAACGAAAUACCGAGCAGCCAGAUAUAUCGGAACAAUCGGAAAUGCCGCCACCGCCACCGCCACCACCUUCGCUGGUCAACACGAUACCGGCCAAGCGCUCGGCGCUCAGCUAUUUCCCACAGCAGAUACCUUCGCCGCUGUCGGGCAACUACAAUGAGUACAGAUUUGUGGAUGACUCGCAGCUGCGAACGCUGCUGUCGACCACCUCGGUGCCAGAUCCACUCGAGCAGAGCUCAACGCCGCUGCAAUUCGCUGGCGAUCUGCAGUCGAUCAAUCCGCGCACCUAUGCACCGCCAGUGCUGGGCAUCGCCGAUGGCUAUCCGGUGGAGCACGUGGCUAAUAAUCAGCUGGAUAGCAUCAUAUCGGGCAUUGUUUACAAGCAUCCGGAAUAUGUUGAUACCGAUUCACAAUAUGGCGGCGUCUUGGUCGACCCCGAGCCCGAACAAAGAAAGCAAACGACCGACUUUCUCAAGAAGCUCUUCGAUGGCCGUCUCGGCGGCUGGGGCUUCGACACGUCCACCGAACCAGAAUCGGCGCUCAGAGCUGAUUACUCGACGACGCCGUCGACAACCUAUGGCUACAAUAGCCACAAUCACGACGGCUACAGCUUGGAUACGUACAAUGUGCCGCCCAUCACAGACUAUCUGCGCGCCUGGUUCUAGGCACCACUCGCCUAAGCACUUAACUAACUCUCUGUGGGCUGAUAGAUCAUUGUAUUAUACACAUAUGUAUAUGUAUAUAUAUUUAGUGCGGUUGUUUAUAUAGGGGGAUAUCUGUGGUUCUACUUCUAUGCUA